AUGAACACUUUACUCCAUUCUUCAAACCGUUCCCUUUGUACGGUACCUUACCCUUUACUCUCUCCGGUUCCAACCAACAACACCAACCUUCCAAGGUUCAUUUCAACCACUAAACGCUCACUUUAUCCCAUUGCAUGUGCCACUUCCAAUGAAGAAUUUGCAGAAGAGAUUAAAGUGGUUGAACCCAACACCAGUGAAGGAACCACUUCAUCCACUUUUUCUGUUCCAAUUGACAAAGAGCUUAAAAGGGUUGCUCAGAAGACAGCUGCAACCUUUGCACCAAGGGCUUCCACGGCCUCGAAAAACCCGGCAGUUCCUGGAACUACCUUGUAUACUGUUUUUGAGGUUCAAGCUUAUGUAUCAAUGUUGUUGGGUGGAGCUUUGUCUUUUAAUCUCAUUUUCCCUUCAGACCAACCUGAUAUUUGGAGGUUGAUGGGAAUGUGGUCCAUUUGGAUGUUCACAAUUCCUUCGUUACGAGCUCGAGAUUGCUCAAAGAAUGAGAAAGAAGCUCUCAACUAUCUUUUUCUACUAGUCCCAUUGCUCAAUGUUGGAAUCCCAUUCUUUUUGAAGUCCUUUCCUGUUGUUUGGUCGGCAGAUGUAAUAGCUUUCUUUGGAAUGUAUGCAUGGAAGCUUGGAUGGCUCCAGAAAACGGACUAA